CAUCUCGACCACCGCAAAAACCCAUCCUUCGCUCCUCCCACCUUCUUCACAACCUCCUCCGCACAGGCUGUUUGUAUACUGCAUAUACAUAUAAAAAAUGGCUGCGAUUGAUGAUAUUGACCGUGUUGAGCGGUUGAAUAAACGCAGCCGUGAUCUGUUUGGCAAAGCAUACGGCUUUUCUGUCGAUUACAAUGAGCCUACGAGCCAACGAAUAAGAUACACAUCAAAACUCCGCUCAGAGUACUCUUCCUCCCGCACCCCUCUCCCGCCACACAUCGCCGCAAAACUCCCCCCGGCCAACAACGCGACCCGCAAAAAAGAAGACGCAGCUCGGAAAGAUAUCGAUCCGCUUUUGAAUGAGAUUCUACCGCCGCCGCCGCCGCCGGGAUCGCUGCAACCCCGUGCGUCGAUGGAGUCCAGCGCUCUUACUAUUUCCUCACACAACAGCGAGACUGCACCUCCACCACCAUCACAACAACAACAGCAGCAGCUCACGCUUCACCGUCAGCCGCAAUCAAGCGCCGCCCGCGCACUCAUGGAGCGCCGCGCGAACGUGACGCAGAUCAAGCCGGAGUGGCACGCGCCGUGGAAGCUGAUGCGGGUGAUUUCCGGCCACCUAGGCUGGGUGCGCAGCGUGUGCGUCGAGCCGGAUAACCAGUGGUUCGCGACCGGCGCGGGCGACCGCACGAUCAAGAUCUGGGACCUCGCAAGCGGGACGCUCAAGCUGACGCUGACGGGCCACAUCAUGACCGUGCGCGGGCUGGCCGUGUCGCCCCGGCAUCCGUACCUGUUCAGCGCGGGCGAGGAUAAGAUGAUCAAGUGCUGGGAUCUGGAGCAGAAUAAGGUGAUUAGACACUACCACGGCAGUCUGAGCGGCGUCUACGCGCUCGACCUGCAUCCGACGCUCGACGUGCUGGUUACCGCUGGCCGCGACGGCGUCGCGCGCGUGUGGGACAUGCGCUCGCGCAGAGAGGUGCAUGUGCUCGCGGGCCACAAGGGAACAAUCAGCUCGGUCAAGUGCCAGGCCGAGGACCCGCAGGUUCUGACCGGAAGCAUGGACACGCAGGUGCGCCUGUGGGAUCUGGCAGCGGGCAAGACGCAGACGGUGCUGACGCACCACAAGAAAUCCGUGCGCGCGCUCACGACGCAUCCGACCGAGUUCACGUUUGCGAGCGGGAGCGCGGAUAACAUCAAGCAGUGGAAGUUGCCGGAGGGCGCGUUCAUGCAAAACUACGAGCCGCAGCACAACGCGAUCGUCAACACGCUCUCGACCAACUCCGACGGCGUCAUGUUCAGCGGCGGCGAUAACGGGACGAUGGCGUUCUUCGACUGGAAGAGCGGGCACAAGUUCCAGGAGAUUGAGACGACGGCCAUGCCGGGCUCGCUUGAUGCCGAGAGCGGGAUCUUUGCGAGCACGUUCGAUCAGACUGGGUUGCGGUUGAUUACGUGCGAGGCGGAUAAGAGUAUAAAGAUCUGGAGAGAGGAUCCAGAGGCUACGCCGGAAAGUCAUCCGGGGUUGGAGUGGAAGCCUAAGCUUGGCCGGCAGCGCUUCUGAUAGAUGUAUACUAGUAAUCAUUACAAUAAAACAUUAAACAACAUAACAACAUAA